ACGCCAGUUCAUACUUGAUCCCUCCAUCAUAGCAAAUACAGUGACCAAGAUAUCUGAAGUAAGAACGCACCACACUAUGGUAGCAAUUCCUUACCUACAAUACUGGACCUUGAACCAUGGUUCCUUUCACUGCUUGUGUCAUCCUGCUGAUCGCGAACGAGUCGGUGUCGUUAAUGGGGCUUGCUGACCAGCUGUAUGCCUCCUUCACGACGAUCUCCCCCUGCUGAUGCGAAUAGACGACUUCGCCGGGUGAUGAUGUCUUUCUGUAUUUUCGCAUAUGUGUAAUUGAAAUAGCAUAUAAGGGGCCCACCGGUAGAUAAGUUGACCUUGCGUGCAGCACCACAAGUCUUAUCCAUCAAGCACGCCAACAUGCUUCUCUCGAUCUAUCAUAUACUUGCCACUGUUGUAUCGGUAUUCACCCUGGUACACGCAGCCAAAUACAGUAAUCCGUUGAAAGAAGUGGACGGUGCAGACCCUUUUAUUGUCUGGCAUGAUGGGUUUUGGUAUUUGACCACUACAACUUCGCCCACGAUCCAGAUCACUCGUGCAAAGAAUCUCGAAAGUCUAAAGACCGGUGAGCACAAAAUUGUGUUCUCGGAUACUGAGCCUUCUCGAAAAUGCGACCUAUGGGCGCCAGAAAUCCAUUUGCUGGAUGGAAACUGGUAUCUAUACUACUCUGCCAGUGCUUGCGAUACAGACUCCAAUCGCCUGCAUGUGCUCAAAGGUGGUUCAAGUCCGUGGGAUCCGUACAGUUACCUCGGCCAGAUGAGCAGUGAAUGGGGCAUCGAUGGCUCUGUUCUUAUUGUUAACAAAAGAAGAUACUUCAUGUUCUCCUGCCGUGAUGGACCAAGCCAAGACCAGAGUCUCUGCAUUGCCACACUCGAAGAACCUGGUCGACUUGGGGAGCGCCGGACGCUGUCCCAGCCGUCGGCUCCAUGGGAGAGAAAUGGCUUUCCGGUCAAUGAAGGCCCAACAGCCAUGUACAAAGAUGGCCGUACAUAUAUUGCAUUCUCAGCAAGUCACUGCAGCACUGCAAACUACACCAUUGGCAUUCUGGAGUACCGAGGCAAUGAUCCGUUGGACAUGGCGAACUGGGUCAAGAGCGGGCCUCAUUUUGAAACAUCGAAUGGCAACAAUGGACCAGGACAUAAUUCCUUUUUUCUCAGUCCGGAUCAAACGCAAUGGUGGAACAUUUUCCAUGCGACGCCAGACAUCGCGGGUAAUUGUGGCAGUAACAGAUACACUAGUGCUCAGAUUGUUGAUUGGUGGAUGGACGGAACGCCUGACCUGGGAGUCCCAGAACCGCUGGGGACAGUGUAUGACGGCCCAUCAGGUGAGGAGUAG